AUUACAGGUGUGUUCCUGACAUUUAAAUCUGAAUCACGUGAUCCUGUACAGGUAGGUGGACCAGGAACAAUAAACACCUGCGACCCGCCAUGUUGGAUUUUUGAAGUUUUUCAUGGUGGAAGUUGUUCUAAAAUAAUAAAUUCUGGCAGCCUUUGUACAAGUAGAGUUCAAUACAGCUGAGAACAAAUUGCUGGUAUAUUGUGCUGACAAAGGACAACAAUAUGUUGUCUACAUGUAGAUUGUGGACAUGCAGAAAAUGUUGCAACUUUAACUGGUAGCUAAGGGACCGAACUUAGAUAAAACAUCCAGAUCCCGCCAUGUUGGAUUGUGACGUUUGUUAGUUUACCAGUGAAUUUAAAUUGAAUAAAUGCCCUCCUAGAUUUUAAAGAAAAAGUCCGCCGACGAUGGACCCCAGGACCAGUGCCCAGGAUGUUGUACGCUGCACCCUGUGUCAGUACUCUGUGGCCCCCAUGUACUGUGAAGUUUGUCAUAUACACCUGUGCAAAGACUGUGUAGAGACACAUUUCUCUGAUUCCUCUAAAGUCCAUAAUGUGGUGCCACUUAAACAAUACUUAACCACUCUGAACUAUCCCAAGUGUAGGAAACACCCCACCAAACAAUGUGAACUCCACUGUGAACAAUGUGACAUUCCUAUCUGUGCACAGUGUAUUUCUGGGGAACAUUUAGGACAUAAACCAGUUGAUAUUUUAAAAACUUUUGAAAGCAAAUCAGAAAAGUUGCUUAAAGAUUUGCAAGAAUUAGAAAAAUCCCUUUAUCCUAAAUUUAAAGAAAUUGCAUCCAACAUCCCAGUGCAGAAAGUUGAUCUGAGUAAAAACUCCCGGAAAUUGACAACAGCAAUUGACAAACAAGGAGAAGUCUGGCACAGAGAAAUAGACGCCAUUAUCACAAACCUGAAAUCUAACGUGGAGGAAAUGGAAUCCAAACACCUGCCCAUCCUAAAUAAACAGGAAGAUGAAAUCACACACACCAUUUCUGAAAUCACACAGACCAUUGCUGAACUGAAGAAGUUACUAAACUUCAAAGAUGUCUGCCUUGUCUCCGAGUACAAAUCCAGGAACGCUGAAUUCAGAAGAUUGCCUCCUAAAAUAAAAGUGUCCUUACCAAACUUUAGGCCUCAGAAAAUCCACACAGAUCAGCUGAUUGAACAGUUUGGUUCUCUGUCAGCAUUAUCUUUUACAGCAGAGAAACAAGACUACAGCAUGCUGCCCCAGGGAGCCGAAUCCUCUCCCCCAGACCGGUCACUGAUGGAUGUACCCCAGGUCAUCACAGCUAUAGACACAGAGUAUACAUAUCUAUACGGUGUGACCUGUGUGAAUGACACAGAAGUAUGGACGUGUGGUAAUGGCAGCAUGAUGAAACUCUUCAACCUGCAGGGAGAACUAGUGGAGUCCAUCCAAACCAAUUCAAGGAACUGGCCACAGGACAUAGCAGUGACAAGGAGUGGGGAUCUAGUUUAUACUGAUUACUUUGAUAGUACUGUGAACAUAGUGAAGAAUACACAGAUACAGACAGUAAUCAGACUACAGGGGUGGAUACCUUACGGUGUCUGUAGUACCUCCUCUGGUGACCUCCUGGUUGCCAUGGACGGUAAUGAUGAUAAACAAACAAAAGUUGUGUGUUACUCUGGCUCCAAAGAGAAACAAAGUAUUCAGUACGACGACAAAGGACAACCUCUCUAUUCAUCUGGUGGAUAUAAAUACAUCAGUGAGAACAGGAACCUAGAUAUCUGUGUGUCAGACUAUAGAGCCCGUGCAGUAGUGGUGGUCAAUCAGGCCGGGAAACUCCGGUUUACCUACACUGGUCCUCCCUCUACCACCAAGGGAUCAUUUAGUCCAUACGGCAUCACAACGGACAGCCAGGGUCGGAUCCUGACAACAGACUAUAACAACAACCGUAUCCACAUCCUGGAUCAGGACGGACAGUUUCUCUGCUACAUUGACAACUGUCAUUUACAGUUUCCAUUGGGUUUAUGUGUGGACACCAGAGACAACCUCUUUGUGGCUGAGGACAACACAGGUAAAGUGAAGAAAAUCCAAUAUUACAUGUAAAUCAAUGAACUGUAUAAAUUAGAUGUAAACAAAUGAACCAAGUAUUCAUUACAUACUAUGUGUGUAAAAACAUACAUGUAAAGAAACUGUUUACAUCUGAAUAUAUACGGUGUAUAUUAGAUAGGAUUACUGUGUGAUUAUAUUGUACAUACAGUCAGUAUUGCAGAUAAAUUACAGAUAUACAUGUAACAAGAGGGUCAUGUCAAUGUUCUGCAAUGAUCAUUAGCUUCAUAGCUCAUAUAAAACAUGUAUCACGUGUAAACAACCUGACCGUAUCUGUUGGAUGUAAACACAUUGUUUGACUGUAUUUAUAUUACAUGUAGGUUUCCAUGUAUUUAAUUAUUGUAUGUUGGCAAACUAUGAGCGUUUAUAUGAUAUGUUAUUUUAUAUAUAAACAAAUUGUCCUGUCAUAUUACAUGUAGACUGUCACUAUUCUUGUAUAGUAUAUGUAAACAAGUAGACAGUGUUUGUGUCAUUGUUACCAUGUGUAUUAAAUGACUCAGUAUUCAUACUGCAUGUAAACAAACUCUGUUUAUUUUUAGAUGUUUAUAAGAUAAAAGUUUAUCUAUAACAUGUCAACAAUCUGUGGGGGUUUUUUUUAACAUGAAAAAUGUAAUGGUCUAUAUAUUUAUAUGUUACAUGUGGUUAUUCAAAAAUUCUGUUACAUGUACAUGUAUUAAUGACAAAGGUUAAUGGACAUGUAGCACUCAAUUCUUCACCAGCAAUGGAGCGAGGCCACAAAGGGACUGAGGCCCAUUACUUAUAAAGAGGAGUGGUACAGGUAUAUAUUAACCCAUGUAGAAUUCAAACUGUCUUAGCUAAUUAUCCUUACUUACCUUUAAAUUUUAAGAAUUAGAGUAGUCGUGUGUGAUUUUCUAACAGCCUUGUUUUUUCAGAUAACUAUUCAAACUUCAGAAAAUCCACAUCUAAUAUAUUAAGGUCCUUGUUGUUUUUUCUGGGGUUUUUUUUUGCUGAACUAAUCAGAUGUUUCUGAAAAAUGAUAUUAAAUAGUGAGUAUAUUUACAUGAUGAUGUUUUGAAUGUAUUUUUGUGAGCUUUCGUUAAUAAAAAUUUAAACCAAAGAAAUUAUAUUUUCAAAUCAACAUAUUGACUAUUAAAUAUGGUAUUCAAUACACAAGUUAAAAAUGUCAUUAAUGGUAUCUAAUAAGUGGAUGACUCUCUCUCUCUCCUUAAUGCACAGGCCUCUGAACUUAUAUCAAAAAGCCAUUUAAUAAAUGUCUGGUUAAGUUGAUAUAUAUACCCUUUAAAUAAAGACAUACACCAGGUACACAACAAGUUUUUUACCGACGUAGGCCAGUGGCAAGAAUAUGUAAACAGUUACGCUUGAUUGCAUCUAUACUUUGGCGCAUUUGAAACCUUUGGAGUUAUAGAACACCCGUUAAAUCAAUUU